AUGUCACCAUCACCAACUGUAAAACCGAGAACGUAUUUCCCCCUUGCUGGAGGUGCCAGUGACGGUUGGUCGAAGGAGGACCAAGCGACAGCUACAUGCUACUGCGGUGCGGUGCAAUUGGCCUUUCCAACUCAAGGCCCAGGGUUAGUUGACGCAUUCGUUUGCCAUUGCACGGACUGUCGCAAAAUCACAGCAUCAAUGUUUGCAUCCAAUUUCAUUGUACUAAAUUCCCACCUAAAACAUCUGCGAGGUCGUGCGAACCUGAAAACAUUCAGUCAAUCCCAAACCAUCGCUUCUGGCAAGGCAAUGACCAACUACUUUUGUUCGACAUGUGGAUCACUUAUGUACCGUAUUGGCGAGGCAUACCCUGGUCGCAGCAUUCUUCGCAUCGGAACAGUUGAUGAUUUCACUCUGCACGAGACAAAGUUGAGACCUAGAGUUGAGCAGUAUACCAAAGAUCGCGUGGAAUGGUUACACGAUGUGGAUGGUGUCAAGCAGGUCAAGGGCUCAGCUUACGCAUUACCUGGAGUAGCUGCAAAAUCUUUCCUUUGA